UAUUGUAUCAUUGUGUGCAAGUGGAAAUUGGAGACGAGCCGAGUGGCUCGGCGACGAUGACGGAGUAUCUUAUCACUAUCACAGGCGAAUAUCUGAAUCGGAAUGGACAAACAAAAUAAACAAAUAAAUACCCAGCCGACCCACCGACCAACCGACUGACUUAUAUACCUUGUAUGUACAUGUAUAUCAACUAAACAAAGCCCAAAUAUAAUACUAUAUAUGAUAUAAUAUAACUCAAACAAAGUCAGAUGCAGAGAGACCCCUGCUAUCGCAGCUAUGGCAGCAGUCCCAGUUACAAUCUUCAGCUCCAUUCGUUAACUUGGCUAAGAUCGUUCACCAAGUUAAUUCACUCGAGCGAUCUGCCCUGAAGGCUCGAUGUGAAUAGCAAGAGAAGUGUAGACCCAAAUUCGUGGCCUUUUUUUGUUUUGGUUUUACUACUCUUGCCAGCCACGUGAUCUUAAUCAGUUUGUUGCUGCAAGCGUUUAAUGCGCUUUCCUCCCUACAUUCAACUGAUGGAGUUGCCAAUUUCUCGUGCUGGCAGUGGCAGCAGCCUCGUUCUCGGUUUGACUAGCCUAGUUGGCCUCAUUGGUGGCGUCUACCUGCUGCAAUGUGGUGCCCAGCAUUUAAUGGGCAAAAUUUCAAAUAAGAAAACCAAAAAGAAGGAUGACAGUGAAGUGAUUGAAGAAUCGCAAUCAACUUGUAAUGUCUGCUGUAGUGAUUUGGAUACAAGUAGUGCCAAAAACUAUGUUAAAUGUCGCACAUGUGAGAAGUCUGUUUGUCGGGGCCUGAAGUGCGCCGAUUGGCAUCCAAAGGAUGGCCAAUGGGAGUGCCAAUUGUGUCACAACUCAAAGGAAUCGCUGGCCCACACUUCAUCUUGGGUGGCCGAGCAAAUGUCCUUCAAUCAACACAAAUUCGUUUAUCCGAUGCGGGCACGUAGCGAGGUUUACAUACCCAUUCAGCCCAGUCAAGAUGGCCAAGAUGUGGAAAGCACAAUCCAAUUUGAGAGUGUCAGUCAAAUUGGCAUUCGGAAUCAUAUGAAUAUCGAAGAGCGUGCCAAAAUAAGGGAAUAUGUUGAAGAGAUUGUUGCCGAAAUGUUGGGCGGCAAUCUGGAUAAAAUUAAAGUUGGGCAACUAUCGAAAAGUGAAAAUUAUUUGCAUCUCUUCGAUAAAUAUCAUGCGAAACUUAGUAACCUGCUUAUCAAUGUGGAGAAUGGUUUAUGUGUGCGUCAACUGAAAAGACGAGGAGGAGAUUUGCCCGCCAUUGUGAAUGGUCAUAGUAAUAAUAAUAAUAAUAAUAGUAAUAGUAACCACAACAACAACAAUAAUGGUAGCACCUGCAACAUCAAUGGCAACAAUGAACAAAAUGAUGACAGCUCACAGACACGUCUACGCACUCUCAUUGAAACUAUCAUUGCGGAAACACUGCGAAAUAGUGCCUUGGGCUUCAAUACCGGAGCAUCUGCAUCUGUGUCGGAAAUUAGCUUGGAUACACGCACUCAAUCCGAAUUGAAUGCCCUCAAGCAACGUCAUCGGACCGAGCAUUAUUUUGAGCCAAAAAUCUAUCAGGAUCUAUUGGCCACAGCGGUGCUAAAUAAGAUUGCAGAUACGGAAGGGAAUAACCGAAGACGGUCGCUAAUAUCGGAAAGUACACCGGACUUGAGUGGUCACAAUAACAUUGAUGAAAACUACAAUGCCGAAGCGUUGAGCACCACGUCCGGUAGUUCUAUUGAACCCCGUAGUGAUUGCAGUCUAACGGAUAAUGAGCUAGUAUUAAAUACUGGCAAAACCGAUUCACCAUUGAGCUUGCAGGCAGCCUUUGAACGUGAAUCGGUACUAAGCGAUUAUAUAGCCGCUCAUAUGGUGCCAUUGCCAGAUUUUUCAGCCUCUGUUACCGAAUCCGAGGAUGAUAACGGCUCAGUCACCUCGAGUAUGAUAGCAGAUGGCACUUGGGAGGACAAUUGGCUUUUUAAGAAAAAGCAGCACAGCUCCUUGCAAAGUUCGGCUACCCCGAGCAGCAUUGGCAUGCUGGUGCCGGCUCCCAGAGAAAAUGUACGUGCCCAGAUUGGCGAUAGAACAGCCGAUGAGGUCAGCGAUCUCUCGGAAAUGGGCUCAGAUGUCGAGGAAACCUCUCUGGACAUUAAUGAUCGCCUAUUGAAUAAGCACUUGAUUGGUGGCCAAAAUACAAAACUAGUGCUAGACGAGCUAAUCGAUCGCACUAGCUUAAUCUCCCAUACAUUACCGGAGGAACAUGAACCGGCAUUUACCGAGGCCACCAAUCCAUUAAUAUUGCAAACACAACCCACAGAAGUACCAUCACAAUUUGUAGAGCCACCACCUCCAACGACAUUCCAAGAUGACCAACACAUUGAGGAACCGAUCCUCAUAGCAGACCAAAAUGAAAUUGACACUGACGAGUUUGUCGAUGCCCUUGAUGAGGGCUGUACUGGAUUCAGUACCGUCGAGUACACUGAAGAGAAUCCACCCUCAGUUAUCGAAAUCUUAGCCGCCAUGGCUCUGGGACCUAUGCUGGCUGUUCCUGCAUCCGAACAGCAGGGCGUCAUUACACCAAGUGAAAUGCAUACACUCAAGGAGUUGAGCGAUCUCGCACUUGCUGAAAUAAACUCCCGCACAACAGAUCUCGAACAUCAUUCUCUCGACGUUAUUGCAGAGGAAGAAAAUACAGAUUUAUCUUUACAAUCGACAAUAGAAACGACAGAGACAGUCGGAUUUUCCAUCAUCGAAAUUUCCGAAGAGCCACCAUCUUUAUAUCUAGAAAUGGAAAAUGCCGAAAAGACUUUCCUGAAAUCGAUUCCAGCUCCUAUUGCUGAUACAGAAAACACACCGCAGUUGGAUAUUAAAGGUUUGCCACAGCCAGCAGAAGCUGUAUCGGAAGAACCACAUAUCGUAAACCCAGCGGAAGCAGUAUCUGAACCUACUUCUUCUAUUGCUGAACCGAAAAUAGCACCACCAGUGGAUAUUGUAGAUUUGCCACAACCUACAGAAGCUGUUUCCGAAGAACAACCUACAGUAAAUCCAGCAGAAAUUGCAGUAGAACCACAGCCUGAGGUUUCCUCACCACCAGCAACAAUAGAAGCAGUAUCUGAGCCUACUUCUUCUGUUGCUGUUUCGGAAAUAGCACCACCAGUGGAUAUUGUAGAUUUGCCACAACCUACAGAAGCUGUUUCUGAAGAACAACCUACAGUAAAUCCAGCAGAAAUUGCAGUAGAACCACAGGCUGAGGCUUCCUCAACACCAGCACCAAUAGAAACAGUAUCUGAGCCUACUUCUUCUGUUGCUGUACCGGAAAUAGCACCACCAGUGGAUAUUGUAGAUUUGCCACAACCUACAGAAGCUGUUUCUGAAGAACAACCUACAGUAAAUCCAGCAGAAAUUGCAGUAGAACCACAGGCUGAGGCUUCCUCAACACCAGCAACAGGAGAACCAAUAUCGGAGCCUGCUUCUUCUAUUGCUGAACCGGAAAUAGCACCACCAGAGGAUAUUGUAGAUUUGCCACAACCUACAGAAGCUGUUUCCGAAGAACAACCUACAGUAAAUCCAGCAGAAAUUGCAGUAGAGCCACAGACUGAGGCUUCCUCAACACCAGCAACAGGAGAACCAACAUCGGAGCCUGCUUCUUCUAUUGCUGAACCGGAAAUAGCACCACCAGUGGAUAUUGUAGAUUUGCCACAACCUACAGAAGCUGUUUCCGAAGAACAACCUACAGUAAAUCCAGCAGAAAUUGCAGUAGAACCACAGACUGAGGCUUCCUCAACACCAGCAACAGUAGAAUCAAUAUCGGAGCCCGUUUCUUCCGGAAAACCGGAAAUAGCACCACCAGUGGAUAUUGUAGAUUUGCCACAACCUACAGAAGCUGUUUCCGAAGAACAACCUACAGUAAAUCCAGCAGAAAUUGCAGUAGAACCACAGCCUGAGGCUUCCUCAACACCAGCAACAAUAGAAGCAGUAUCUGAGCCUACUUCUUCUGUUGCUAUACCGGAAAUAGCACCACCAGUGGAUAUUGUAGAUUUGCCACAACCUACAGAAGCUGUUUCUGAAGAACAACCUACAGUAAAUCCAGCAGAAAUUGCAGUAGAACCACAGGCUGAGGCUUCCUCAAGACCAGCACCAAUAGAAACAGUAUCUGAGCCUACUUCUUCUUUUGCUGAAGCGGAAUCACAACCAGCAAAUAUCAUUUCACCUUCAGAAGAGACUCUUUUAAUAUUGCCGAGUACAGAAAAGAAUGUUGAGAAUUCUUCAGUUCAAGAAUCAGAAACUGUAUUCACGUCAACAGUUCCUACCAGUGCGGCUCUAGGUUCGAUCGCAGAGCGCGAAGUCAAGAAGUGGUACAACGCUGUCGAAAUGCCAAAUAAUCCAUACGCCCCGGAGGCCCUGAAGCAACGCAUAAGCGGCACACAGGAACGUUGCAUGGAUGUACCAAAUAUAAGUCCCAGUGCCGAACAGAAGGCUCUGGCACUGAAGGCCAAUGCCGAAGAUGCUACAGACAGACAACCACAGUCCCAUCAAACGGACUACAAGCGCUAUAGCCGCGACUAUUACAUCAAUAACAAUAAUAAUGGCACCACUGUGGCCACCGGCGAGAAGAUCGAUGUGGCAAGAUCUGGACCGGAAGAUGUGGAUAUUGUCAUCAAUGAGGCUCAAAAUGCAAGCAAAACUGCAGCAGAGCAUCAGCAGGAUCAGGAAGAGCAAUCGCUACAGGAUCAACAGAAGGCCACCGUUUAUAAAGCCUUGCCAGCUCAGAUAUUGGAAGAUGCCAAUUCACCCAGUCCCAGUCCAAGUGUGGAAAGUCAAUCGAAUCCAUCGCUAGCAACCACAACAACUAGUGAGGACUCGGAUACGGUGCGAAUUUAUGAUUUUAAUAAACAGGAGACGACGGUUAUCAAACAGCAAACGACAGUGGAACAAACUGUUGAGACUGUGGAGUCUUCUACGUACUCCACCUCGUCGUCAUAUUCCAUAGAUUCAUCUGUGGUGGCCAAAAAACGUGAACGUCCUGUUGUUCUUCAGUUUGGUCCAGGCGAUUCGGCUCCCACUAUUGGCUCACCCAUGGGCACGCCGACUCGUGGUUCAACACCGCCAGCUUUUCGAUUUUUGCAGCCAAAACGUCGUCUUAUCGAACCCAGUCAAGUAUUGUCCAUUGAUCAAGAUGAUCAAGAUGAUAAUGGGCGAGAGCCAAAUACCCCGAUGGCAGAUAAGCCAGCAGUAGAGGAUGAUGUGGUUCAUGCCAUGCCAUCGGUUAAAGCCUUGGCCCAGGCAUUUUUGUUAACCAGCAAGCACACCCAACCUCAAAGACGUUGGCGAGCGCGACAUGUCAGGAUAGCAGCAUCAGCAUCAGUAUCAGCACCAGAGACACCAGACAAGCCAGCAGAUUCACCUUCAUCAAAUUUGUCACGUAAACAUAGAUUAGAGCACGCUGUAUCCAUGGCCGAAGUAGCCGAUGAGUCUACAAUUGCAUCGGAUUUAUCGUCGCUGGAAACGGAUUCAUCAAUACCCUCAGAGGGAGGCAAUGCAUUUGUCCCGCCAACAGCUAGCCCGGUGCCAGUACGUCGAGGUUUCCUCAGGAGUAAUAUUGCUUUCUUUGAGAAUUUAAAGUUUAAGUGAAUAUUAAAUGAUCUGUUUGAUGAGUGAAUUGCUAGAAAUGUGCAUCUACAACAAUGACCAUUGCUGCGAAUUCCCCCGCGUGAAUGGGAAAAUGUCAGAUAAUGGCAAAAGGCACAUGCAUUCAUCUCCACAUCUAAUCGUACAUCACUUUGUCGCCAAAAAAAAAAUCAUGUGCCAUGGCCAUUUCCAGUCAACAAACUAUUUAACAUAACGUCAAGUACUUUUACUUCAAAUAUUAUAGCGCGCGCUUAUUUAUUACUAAUAUCCAUGGAUACUAUUAUUUAUUUAGCUCUAAGGAUGUGCAUGUUUUUAGAUUUUUAGCAAGAUGAUUUUAACACUUAAAGCAAUUCAAU